AUGUUGUUCCACACUUUGAAAAGAGGAACUGAGAUUGAGAAUUUAAUAACCGGGAGGUUGUUUAAUACAAAAGCAAGGUAUUGUAGCAGUUUGUGCUCCAGUUAUCGCAGAAAUAUAUGGAAUCUUAACUUUAGUCGAGUCACUAACUCUAACAGUCUGUUAAGUGAACACACCCACACGGACCUUGAUAUUGUAACAAAUAGGUUCACCUACUGGCAAACCAGAGGACCCAAAAUCGUAAAACCACGCGAUAUAAUCAAAAGAUGGAAGAUUAGACCCGGAGAUAAGGUGGUUGUAAUAAGCGGCAAGGAUAAGGGAAAGACCGGAGAGGUGCUGAUGUGCGAUAAAUUGCGGAACCAAGUCAAGGUGAAGGGCUGCAACAUGAGGAAGCUGUUGGUGGACUCCCAAGUGGUACAGAUAGAAAAGAAGAUGCACUACUCAAACGUGCAGCUGGUAGACAAGCUGUUGAACGUCGGCACCAGGGUCACAAUCAAAUACACACCGGACAACAAGCCACUGAGAGUGUCAAAGAAGUCGGGAUACGUUAUACCGUGGCCAGAAAAGGUAGGUCGUUUACGGCGCAACGUCGCUUUAGAAGAAAAGGGAACCCAGAGGUACAGCAGCAGCUAUUACACUGGUUUAGAGGUGUUCGAGGGGGAGAAGGACACGAAGCCAGAGGAGGCUCUUCGUCGGACUUACGACUACCACAAGGACCUGUUCUCAAUGAACCUUCUUCGGCAGACGAUGUCAAAGUACAACAGAGAAAUAUCAUAG